ACACCGAAAAGGAGGCGUUUCUCAAAAGGGGAAAGCAGAAUUGUAAAAAAUAAAGCGGCAAAGCGGCAAAGCGGUAAAACAGCAAAGCGGCAAAGCGGUAAAACAGCAAAGCGGCAAAACAGUUAAAUACUUUUUUUAAAACUUAACAAAAUCCUUAAGAAGCACAACUCAAACGAAGAAGAAGAAGAAGAAGAAAAACUCAAAAAAAGUACCCCCAACCAAAUUGGCCACAAGCACCAAGUGCAAAAGAGGCAAAACGACAGCAAGUGGCGGCACGCCGAGUAAGAGCCAUUCAGCCGCUAUCCGCUAUCUGCCGAACCGGCUAACGGGCGGAGGGCUUCUAUGCGAGCGCUGGCGGCCAAGUACCACGUGCUGGCGAGAAACUUCUUCGAAAAGAACCCCACCCGAAGGAGGAAAGUGGAACCGAGGGGAUUGAAAAGGCAUUUGUUCACGUCGUUGAUCCUUUUCUGUUCGCCACCCAUGGGAAAGGUCAUAGGGACGCACUCGGGACGUUUCCAUACGGACGAAAUACUAGCCACUGUGAUGCUGAAGUUUUUACCAGAAUAUAAAGAUGCGAAGAUUAUUAGAACCCGGGAUCAAGAGAAGCUGGACCAGUGUGACGUGGUGGUAGAUGUAGGAGGAGUGUACGACCAUGAAAAGAAGAGAUAUGACCAUCACCAGAAAGAAUUUAAUGGAACGUUAGAUGCCGAGCAUGACAUAAGACUAAGCAGCGCAGGGCUAAUUUACAAACACUAUGCGAAAGAUGUUUUCCGAAAAGGGUUCGGCAUAACAGAUGAGGAGAAGGUGAAUACUCUCUAUGAUAAAGUGUACACUGCCUUUAUCGAAUCUGUGGAUGCCCUGGACAACGGAAUUAACCAGCACGAAGGAAUUGCAAAAUAUCAAAUUAAUACAACGUUACAGCAUCGGGUGAAUCGAUUCAAUCCCAACUUCCUAGAAAGUGAAGCUGAUGCUGAUGAACGCUUUAUGUCAGCUGCUCAAAUUGUUAAAGAAGAAUUCGUUAGCUUCGUUAAUUAUUACUCUAACGUCUGGUACGCAGCUAAGAGUAUCACCUUAGAAGCAGUAAAAGACAGAUUCAAUUUUCACAAAUCCGGAAGAGUUAUCUUCUUGAAGAGACAUUGCCCCUACUAUGAUCAUGUGUACGAUAUAGAAGAAGAACUAAACAUUAAAGACGAAAUUUUGUUUUGCAUCUACAAUGAUAGAUACCAGGAAUGCAGGUGCGGAACAAUUUCCAAGAAAAAUGAAUCCUUCACCAUUAGACUGCCAUUUCCCAAAAGCUUUAGGGGCCUCCAAAAUGAGGAACUCGAAAAAGUGUCCAAAAUCCCGGGGCUGUCCUUCGUCCAUUAUUCUGGAUUCACCAGUGGAGGGAAAAAUGUCGACUGUCUGUUGAAGUUGGUGGAGGCAACUUUGAAGGAGAACAACGUUGCCUUCUAG